AUGGUGCCAUCCAACAGUUCACAAGCAUCAUAUCCUUCCUCAAGGAGGACGCCCGCCUUACCGACAUCGAACCAGUCCUUCGCAAGUCCAACUGAAUCCGAGUUCUCUGACGCCGACGGCCCAGACUCGGUCAAGAACUGGGAUGAAGACAGAGUAUGUGAAUACUUGAGAAGUGUCAAAUGCGGCGAGUAUGAGAAGCUCUUCCGUAAGAAUCAUAUUAACGGAGAAAACUUGCUGGAAAUGGACAAGGAAGUCCUCAAAGAAAUGGGCAUCGACAAGGUCGGCGAUCGAGUUCGUCUGUUUUUAGGUAUCAAGAAGUUGAGAACGAGGGCAUAUGCAAAUCAAAAGAAGAGGAAUAGGGAUUCCUUUGGAGGUCUCGACCUGCAGUAUACACCCUCCUCUGGCUCUCCUCGCCCAUUGAACUCGGCGACUCGCACGCUCCCGACCCCCACUGCCAACAAGCGAUACUCUAGGCAGUAUGACACAGCUACUGCCAUCGAUAUCACCAAGUCCUCAUCUCGACCGACCUCGCCCCUCCCCGGUACCGACUACAGAUCUGCCCGCCAACGAUACCCGCAGCCCCAAGGGGGCCUUUCUGGCUCACGGUUACCAACUUCUCCUCCCCAGGCUCAGUCUGGCCGUCUGGUAAACAUGACCCAUACCAGGAAUAACUCCAGUAUGGAUGGAUCACUAAUGGCUGCCUUGCCGCAGAACCAGGAUGUCAUCCGUGUCAUCUCCACCGGCGGUGUUACGAAAGUCGUCAAGAUUGCCGAUUGCAAUACCUGCGAAGAGGUGAUGCGUGUGACGCUGCGUAAAUUUGCCCUGCGAGAAGAUCACGAGAGGAACUACUGCUUCUGGGUUCUGUCCGGCGUCGAUCCCCUACCUAGCCAGACUCGCCGUCUCGGCGAUACAGAGCUUUGGAGGGUCAUCAAAGACCAGAAGCGACCGGAGCGUAACCGCUUGAUCCUUCGACGAGUUCCGGCCGGGGAACCUGGUCAGUCAGAGCUUGAAAGAGCUGCAGCCAUCGCAUUGGAAGAGGCUCAGCAGAGCCAUAAUCGUGCUUUGCAGAAUGUUGACACGCGUAGUCAACUGAAGGUUCAGAAGGUUCUCGGCGAAAGCUGGGAUAACCUUCAGCAGCCGCCACUGUCCCCCGUCUCUUACCAGGACCGUGAGAGGAAUGUCAAGAACACCGCUCGUGAUCUUGAACGACCUGCAUCUAACGAUGCCCAACGUCCCAUUCCCAGACGAAAGGGGGUGCUUCGACAAUUUGGCGGACUUCGUCCUCCUAGUGAACUUAUUGCUUCUGACCUGACCUCGUAUUUCCCGGACCAUCCGAGAGAAGACAUUGAUCGUACUGCAAGACUCUCCAUGCGGAGAUCUGCGCGUCUAAGCAAGGUCAAUAGCCGCCUCAGCGUAGCCAGCAACCUGAGCUUUGCCUCGAGCAUUCAAGAUGCCCCACCAAUCCCUACCAUUGCUGAUAGCUGGUUGAAUUCUACUAGCCAGGUUGCCAAGGUUCGCCCCAGGGAUUUACACGGGCGUGGGCCUCACGCCUUCCGAGACUCGAUUGCCUCCUCUGUGCUUGACACCCUUCAAGAGGAGUCUUCGCCAAUUGAGCCCAAUCGCAAGUCGUAUGUGUCGUUUGCCGACAGCGGGUCUGAUACCGCAGCUGUCAGCAUUACCGACCCUGAAGGCAAUAUUGUUCGACAGAGCUAUUUCGAUGGGGAGAGCACCACGGGGUCUGGAUCGAGUUCUCUCAGGGAGAUUGGUCAGGCGCUGAAUGAAGAUGGCGAAGACGCCGACGAAGAGCUGCAAAGCUUCCUGGCUGGCGAGUCAUGGGACGAUAAUAAGUGGAUGAAGGGCGCCCUUAUCGGACAGGGCUCUUUCGGCUGCGUAUACCUCGCUCUGCAUGCUGUCACUGGUGAACUCCUUGCUGUGAAGCAAGUUGAGGCACCCUCUCCUGGCGCCAACAGCCAGAAUGAUAACAGGAAGAAGAGCAUGAUCGAGGCCUUGAAACGUGAGAUCAGCCUACUUCGUGACCUUCGUCACGCCAACAUUGUGCAAUACCUGGGCUGCAGUUCCUCGACCGAGUACCUCAACAUUUUCCUGGAGUAUGUGCCAGGUGGCUCUGUCCAGACCAUGCUCAACUCCUAUGGCGCUCUUCCUGAACCAUUGGUUCGUAGCUUCGUCCGCCAAAUUCUCAACGGCUUGUCGUACCUACACAACCGAGAUAUCAUUCACCGUGAUAUCAAGGGUGCCAAUAUUCUUGUGGAUAACAAGGGCACUAUCAAGAUAUCCGAUUUUGGUAUCUCCAAGAAGCUUGAGGCCACUAAUAUCUUGAACGGUGCCAACAACAACAAGCAUCGCCCCUCACUUCAGGGCUCGGUCUACUGGAUGGCACCUGAGGUCGUCAAGCAGACGAGCUACACCCGUAAGGCGGAUAUUUGGUCUCUUGGCUGUCUAGUGGUGGAGAUGAUGACGGGCACUCAUCCAUUCCCGGACUGCACGCAACUUCAAGCCAUUUUCAAGAUUGGAGGUGCCAAAGCCGCCCCCACUAUCCCCGAGCACGCCAGUGAGGAGGCGAAGAUGUUCCUCAGCCAGACCUUUGAGCUCGACCACAACAAGCGGCCCAGUGCCGACGAGCUUAUGCUCAGCCCCUUCUUGACGCCGAUCACUUAA